AUGUGUGUGUGUGUGUGUGUUGUUUGUGUGUGUGUGUGUGUGUGUGUGUGUGUGUGUGUGAAAAAUUUAUAUGUGAUAUAUAAAUGUAUUUAUAUGUAUGCAUGUUUGUUUGUUUGUAUGUAUGUAUGUAUUUUUAUAUGUACAUAUGUAUGUAUGUUUGUAUGUAUGUAUGUAUGUACGUGUGUAUGUGUGUAUGUUUGCACGGCUGUGUGUGAAUGUCUGUCUGUCUGUGUGUGUGUGUGUCUGUGUGUGCGUGUGUGUGUGUGUAUAUGUGUGUGUGCCUGUGUGUGUGUGUGA